ACCUGAACCCGCAGAGUCGACAGACGGUUGAAAUGUGGGAUGCUGAGAACGGACUCAAGUCCUGGCAAGAGAGCGGAAGGCUCUCCUUCUCCUACUUCUCCAGCGACAACGCCAAGGAGUACAUGCAUAAGGCAGAGGAGCAAGCCGCUACGUCGAAGCUCGCCGCGUCAGAGACUGUCAGGACGGUUAGGCUCGGCAUGUUGUUGAAGGAGGUGCAAGCAAGGUGCCAGCACGUCCUCCUGCUGGAUCAGAGCGAGGGGCCGUCUGUCUGCCCCAACGCCCUUCAUGUCAUCCGAUAUGCUGUCGCCAAGGCAGACAACUUCUGGGGGUCCUGGUCGAUCUUGAGAUUCUCCAGGGGGGUCAGCGGAAUGCUGCUGCCGUGCGCUGAGCUCGAGCACCUUGGGGGCUUCGUGCUUGAGCAAGCUGGGGUGGCCUCGUUCGAGAACUUAGUGGACAUGUGGUUCUCUAAGG